AUGAGAGACUCUCCGGCCAUGAGAGACUCUCCGGCCAUGAGAGACUCUCCGGACGUGAGAGACUCUCCGGACGUGAGAGACUCUCCGGACGUGAGAGACUCUCCGGACGUGAGAGACUCUCCGGACGUGAGAGACUCUCCGGACGUGAGAGACUCUCCGGACGUGAGAGACUCUCCGGACGUGAGAGACUCUCCGGACGUGAGAGACUCUCCGGACGUGAGAGACUCUCCGGACGUGAGAGACUCUCCGGACGUGAGAGACUCUCCGGACAUGAGAGACUCUCCGGACAUGAGAGACUCUCCGGACAUGAGAGACUCUCCGGACAUGAGAGACUCUCCGGACAUGAGAGACUCUCCGGACAUGAGAGACUCUCCGGACAUGAGAGACUCUCCGGACAUGAGAGACUCUCCGGACAUGAGAGACUCUCCGGACAUGAGAGACUCCGGCCAUGAGAGACUCCGGCCAUGA